AUGCCCAUCUCACCCCUAGCGUCCGGGUCCCCUCUCCUCUCGACGCUGUCCGUCCUCCUUCUCGUCGUCAGCGUCGUCCUCGGCGGUGCGAUAGCCGCUCCGACCACGACCGCGCCUACAACCACUUACAGGGGCAAAGGCGGCAGAAUCACACCACCGACCCCGGACCGCGCCUAUGAGGCCCCGCUCCUCGUCGGCGUCACACCCGCCCCGGACCCGACCCGCGUUUCCCAGCGUCUCCUCCGGGCCCGUCAAGGCGACCCGCGGCCCUCUGACGGCCGCACGAACUUCAUCGCCUGGUACUCCCAGUCCGGCAGCUGGGUCUCUGCAACGUGCCCGUCGGACAACUACUUUGCGGCAGAUGACAGUUUCGGCGUAUGUUGUCCGCGGAACAAUCCGUACUGCGAGAUGGCGACGUCGUGUGGAGGGCCGUUUAACAACUACGCGAUCGGACCGACUGGACAGGCAGACUGUGGGCCGAGUAACACCUGCGACACAAUCACCAUGCUCCAAACGCAGGGCAGUACCGACGCGAGGAGGAUCAUCUUCUGCAUCGCCAUGUCCGAGCUCUACGUUUUACCCAUGACUUGGUACCGCGUCACGAAUCCACUCCCCGAAGCCUCCGUCGCAACGGUAACUGUGACCCUGAGCACAACGGUGACGGCAACGGCACAGGCCGGAAAUUCCACUGGCGGGCAACCAGGUAGCCCUUCUCAGUCGCCCCCUGCAAAAAUGGCUCUGGUCAUAGCUGCAAUGAUCUCGUUCUUGGCUCUCGUUCUUCCGUAA